CGGAGCACAUGGUGGAAUGUCCCAAAGCCGAGAGGUGUUGCAGCUUCACCAACUACGGCUGCAGCUUCAAGGGGACUGAUCCUCGACUAAAACAGCACGAGACCCAGUCCAUCCACCAACACUUGAUGUUGGUGCUGCUAAAGAACAAGGCACUGGAGGAGAAGGUGACGGAACUCGAUAAUGAGAUCACGAAAAAGCAAACCGUUCUGCAGCGAUUGUCCAAUAAAAUUCAGAAGAUGGAGAUGGAAAUAUCUUCUCAAAACCAAUCAGUCAACAGAAGUGACAUCGACAUCAUCUCAUUACAGAACACAUUAGCGACACACGGUGAGCUGCUACACAGGGUGGAGACGGAGAAGCUGGAGAGACACAAGUUGGAGGACAUCUUCAAACAGGACAUCCUGUGGAUUAAAUAUAAAACUGAAAACCUGAGCAGCAGAGUAUCGAAUAUAGAGAGUAACCAGAGUGAUCCAUGUCUAUACCGAGGCAGCAACAGCCUCUCAGCCUCCAUCGAGCACCAGGUAUCGCAGCACGACAAGAUGUUGUCUGUACACGAGGUGCGUUUGGCGGAUAUGGACCUGCGCUUCCAGGUGUUGGAGACGGCCAGUUACGACGGGAGGCUGAUCUGGAAGAUCCAGCAGUACGAGCGGCAGAAACGGGACGCCAUCUCCGGGAAGACCCUGUCCCUCUACAGCCAACCCUUCUACACCAGCCCGUUCGGGUAUAAGAUGUGUGCCCGGGUCUACCUCAAUGGGGACGGGAUGGGCAAGGGCACGCACAUGUCGGUCUUCUUCGUGGUGAUGCGUGGAGAGUACGAUUCGCUCCUGUCCUGGCCCUUCCGGCAGAAGGUGACCUUCACGCUCCUCGACCAAGGGCUGGGCAAGGGCCACGUGUCGGACACCUUCAAGCCCGACCCGAACAGCAGCAGCUUCUCCCGACCCCAGGGGGAGAUGAAUGUGGCCUCGGGCUGCCCUCUUUUCGUAGCCCAGCCGGUGCUGGAGAACAAACACCACCAGUACAUCAAGGACAACACCAUCUUCAUCAAGAUAACCGUGGAUGUCUCCGACUCUCCAGAACUCUGAACCAUCCAAAGUUCAGCCCCAACAAUAGUGCAAUAGCCCCAGGAUCAGUAGCAGGUCACUCCUCAACUCUACAGGAGUGUGUUUGCAAAAGUCAAACUGAACUUAGAUCUGGGGCCCAUAUUAAAUUAUAAAUCUCCGUUAACUCCUUGCUACAGAUAUCAAAGUAUUUUAUAUUAUAAGGUAUUAUUAGUCCGUAGUAUGCUAAUGUAUUCGGCCACAAUUCACUCCUUACAUGUUUUAGGGGGGAGUUUUGUUUUUGUUUCAG